AUGUCGACGGUCAUUCUCGGAGGAGGAAUCAUUGGUUCCUCCAUCGCCUACUAUCUCUCCAGCGGCCAAUCCACAGAAGAAAUCCACAUCAUUGAAUGCUCUUCGCAGCUUUUCAGCGCCGCAUCUGGCUACGCAGCUGGUUUCCUAGCAAAAGACUGGUUUGCCCCAUCUCUUGCUCCGCUAGCCGCUCUUUCAUUCGACUUGCACGGUGAAUUAGCCGCGGAGAACGGUGGGACUGAAAAAUGGGGUUAUAUGAAAGGUUCUGCGUUGAGUAUGGACGUUUCGACUGGGGGAUUGAGGAAUGGUCCUCGCGGCGAUGACUGGCUACGAGCUGGAACGAGUCGGGCAGAUACUGCUGCGGGAUCUAAAGAGCAGAUUGCGGAGGCACCGACGUGGUUGACGAAGCAGAGGGGUGCAGCGUUGGAGAAGAUUAGUGAUAAUGAUACGACUGCUGUUGCUGACCCGUUGAGAUUGAGCAAGUAUCUCAUCAAUACGGCGGUUUCUCGUGGCGUUAAGCUUCAUCAUCCGGCGAGGGCUGUGUCUGUGGUUACUGAUCAAGGGACUAUCACGAGCGUCAAGAUUGUGGACUUUAACACGCAGAAGGAGACGACCAUUCCUUGCACGAAUCUGAUUGUCAGUGCCGGUCCCUGGACCCCACAGGUGUUCCAAGAGAUCUUCCCUUCGUCUGAAGUGUCCCUCCCAAUUGGCCCUCUUGCAGGAUACUCCCUCGUCCUUCGCUCCCCCAGAUACACCCUAGAACACGAACGUGUAACCCAUGGCGGUAAAAGCCAUGCCAUCUUCACAACCCACCCAGACUCAUGCGGCUUCUGCCCCGAAAUAUUCUCCCGCGAAGGCGGCGAAAUCUACAUCGCCGGGCUAAACAGCUGGGACAUCCCCCUUCCCUCACACGCUGAAGGAUCCCGCGACGUAUUCGACCCGAAUGAAAUAGCAAGAUUAAAGGAUGUGUCAGUCCGGUUAAUGGGCAAGUUGGCCGAUGGAAGCGCAGAGUCGACGGACGACGUGCCUAAUGUUGAUGAUUUGGAGAUUGUGCGGGAGGGAUUAUGUUUCAGGCCUGUUACUAGUCGUGGUACGCCGCUGGUUUCGAAGGUUGAGGAGCAUUCGCUGGGUGGUGUGAGGGCUCGGGGUGGUGUAUAUGUUGCGGCGGGUCAUGGGCCUUGGGGGAUUUCGCUUUCGCUGGGGACUGGAAAGGUUGUUUCUGAGAUGGUGCAGGGAGUGAGGACUUCGGCUGAUGUUAGUGGGUUGGCUGUUUAG